AUGCACAGAACGACCCUCAUAGCAGGCCUCGCGUUGAUACUCUCCCCUCUCCUAGUCUCAGCACAAGGCACUCUAGGCUUCGCACUAGGAGCUAAGAAUGGUGAUGGAUCAUGCAAAUAUCAAGUCGACUACGAAGCCGAUUUCGAUGCCAUAAAGACACAUUCUGGCAGUACCAUCGUAAGAAUCUACUCAACCAACGACUGCAACACAGCUCAGCAAAUCUUGCCUGCCGCAAGGAACAAAGGCUUCAAGGUCAUCCUGGGUGUCUGGCCUGAUGUAGAUUCAAGUCUGCAGCUUGACAAGCAAGCUUUGCAGACCUACGUCCCUCAGUACCGCGACCAAGUCUAUGGUGUUACCGUUGGCUCGGAGACAAUGUACCGCAAGACCUUCACAGGCUCUCAGCUGCUCGAAAAGAUCAACGAUGUCAAGUCAGUGUUGCCUCAGGGUGUCAAGGUCGGAACAGCAGACAGCUGGAACAAGUAUGCUGAUGGCACGGCCGAUGCUGUCAUCAAAGGAGGAGUCGACUUUUUGCUUGCUAAUGGCUUCGCAUACUGGCAAGCGAUGCCCAUCUCCAAUGCCACCAAGGCUUUCUUCGAUGAUGUCCAACAAGCUCUUGGUCGCAUCCAAAGUGUUACGGGUUCGGCGAACGCGGUCGAGUUCUGGGUUGGCGAGACUGGCUGGCCUACUGAUGGAGGAUCAAACUACGGCGCCGCUAUGUCAGGCACGCAGAACGCGAAGACAUACUUCGACGACGCCGUCUGCGGUAUGCUAGCAUGGAACGUCAAUGUCUUUGUCUUUGAGGCAUUCGAUGAGCCCUGGAAGCCUCACGCCAUCGGUGAUAGCGGCUCUGCUGGAGACGAGACUCACUGGGGCGUCAUGGAUGUGAAUCGCAACACAAAGUUCCCACUGACCUGCUAG